AUGGGUUGGAAGAUGGCGUCUCCCACAGAAGGGGCAGAUCUGGAAGCAUCUUUGCUAAGUUUUGAAAAACUUGACCGAGCUUCACCAGAUCUUUGGCCAGAGCAAUUACCAGGUGUUGCUGAAUUUGCAGCUUCCUUCAAAAGUCCUAUUACUAGCUCUCCACCCAAAUGGAUGGCUGAAAUAGAACGUGACGAUAUCGACAUGUUGAAAGAACUGGGGAGCCUCACCACAGCUAAUUUGAUGGAGAAGGUACGAGGCCUUCAGAACCUGGCCUAUCAGUUGGGGCUGGAUGAGUCCAGAGAGAUGACACGGGGGAAAUUCCUCAACAUUCUAGAGAAGCCCAAGAAGUAGCAGCUGCUUGUGGACAGGAUGCCCUGGGGCCUGGAACCGUGCUUCCCUCCCGGUGCAGUUCUGAUGACGCGCACCUCACUGCUUCCUGACCAGAGGCCGGAGGGUGCACCUCCAGGACUGACCCUCUCCCCUGCUCCUGGCACUCUGCGCUUCUGAGGACAUUCGGUGGCAAGAGAAGAAUCUGCUCUACCCAAGGAUCAGUGGUGCAGUUAUUCAUUCAGCUUCUAGACUGUGACCGUCUCAGCCUCGGAUGUUGGUAACACCAGAAGGUAUAUCAUUCUUAAAGGUCAAAGUCCUGCUUUCUCGUUUCCGGAAAUGAUUCUGGAGCUCCAGGAUCUUACAGUUGAUUUGAUUCAGUGAUAACAAAGUCAGUGAGACGUGUUGAUGGGACAAGUUCUUUUGAAUUGUACUUGAUCUCUUAGGAGGUGUUUAUGAUGCAAGGAGACCAGAGACCAAUUAGAUUCUGGACCAGACCAUGCAGCUUGACCUGCAAGCUCACCACUGUAUACUAGGUUCCAGGAAUCCCCAGCUGGAGAAAUGCUUUUAAAAUUCUACAUCUCUCAAGAGAGUCCCGUCCCCCAAUGCCUUCCAUUCCCCACCUCCCAGCCCCCACCAUCAGUCUGACUCCAGGGAAGGGGAUCCCUGUGAAUCAGGUCCCUCCUGGGAUUAGCUUGUACAGUGAAAGGCAUAUGUAGGGUUGCAUUGGGUUCUAGACCUCCAGACCAACUUAAAGGUGACAGAAAGGACUUUUGAGUUCUAGUUGAUCUGUUACAGAUUCAAGCGAGAAAGUCAGUAUGGCCUGAAAGAUAGGAGAAGGGGACUGCUUGCAGGAGUUCCCAUUUGAUUAAAAACUAGAAACUCUACUUGACCUUAAAGGAAUGUGCUGUGGAAUGGUGGCAAUGUUUUGCCCCCCUUGUCCCAUCUCACAGCACAGAUUAGAUAUUCCACCCAUGUGACAGAAACACACACACACAAGAAAAAGAGAAUUUCCUGACUUUACAACUCUUAUGGAGCUCUUUGCCAGUUAUCUGUCUCUAUGUUAAAACCUGAAAAUCUAGCCUGUGGGUAAAAUUGAUUAUACAUGUUCUCCUUAUUUUGUCUUAUAAGCCAGGCCCCGGCUUCUGUUGUUUGUAGAAGUACAUGGGGUUUCCUAAACUUUAUGAAAAGAACAUCCAUGUGGCAGUAGUGUGUUGGUGUUUGGACACAAGGAAUGUUGUGGCCAAGGUUUUGGUCCUGAGUGUCUGCUAGGGCACAAAACUAUUCAGUUUAAUAGCUGGUUCAUUAACCAUUUUCUGACACUUCUGCCUUGUUUCCCAUGCUAGAGUUAAUGUUGGAUUUUUCUCUCAUUUGCACCAUUUGACCAUCCAUGCAAUUUUACCUAUUGAUAAGUGGGGUGGAAUUUAACACAAGACAUAAAGGAGAGUAUGAGAAGGAAAACAUUCUGCUUGGGUGCUAUAUAGAAGGUUAGGCUAUAGAGGCUUUGAUUUUAAGUAAAGCUUAUUAUUGACAUUCCUUUAUCUUAAAUGCGGUUAAAGAGUGUGAAAGAUGGGGAGAGAGAGAGAAAGGGGGGUGUGCAAAAACUAGUGCCAUAAUGUCAAAUUCUAACUUUGCUCUGUUUUUGAGAGUUGAUGACGUCAGGCACUUCUAAGUGCUUGGGGAAAUUGAGAAACAUAUGGAGAACAUUGGGAUACCUCCCCCAAACCAACUCCAGUCUGUAAACUGAAGCUAUGUAGUUGGUUUUUUGGUCUGCUUUGGCCUCUUCCUUUUACUGUCAUCUUAUUCACCAGCACUUAAUGUAAGUAGAUGUUUUAGAAUUGUGAUAUUUAUUGGUUUUGUAUUUGCCGUCCUUAGAGAUGUUAAUGAUGUAUUUUUAUAUUGAUAAUAUAAAUUUAUGUACAAUGUGUACAUGUAUGUAUUUCAGGGUGU